CGCUCCAAGUCACGCGGCGCGGUCUGCCUCUUCCUCGUUCUCGCCGCCCGCGCCGCGCCGCGCGUAUUAAAGCGAGCGAAGGCCCUGUUGCGGCGAUGAACACCAGCAGAGAGAGACGCACUGCAGCCGUCGUCCUCCCAGGAACUGGCCUAGCUGCCUGGUGGAGCUGCACCAGUGGUAGGUAGGUAGGUAGAUGGGGAGGCCGUGCUCGUCUUCUCGCUUCGUCUCCUCCUCCCUCAACCUCCGCCGCUUUGCUCUGGCCGCGCUGGUGUGGUGGUGCGUCCUGGCGGCGAGCCUGCAGGCGGCCACAGCGCAGCGGAAUGCGCCGCCGGGGCAGGUCAAGGUGCGCGUGGGCGUGAUCCUGAACCUGACGUCGUCGAUCGGGCAGCGGCGGAAGGUCGGCAUUGAGAUGGCGGUGGAGGACUACUACGCCGCGCACCCGGGCUCCCGGACCAGGGUCGCGCUGCGCUUCCGGGACUCCGGCGGCCAAGUUGUCGGCGCCGCGUCUGCCGCGGUGGACCUGAUCAAGAACGAGCAGGUGCAGGCGAUCAUCGGGCCGGCGACGUCGGCGGAGGCCGGGUUCGUGGCCUACCUCGCCAACAGCACGCACGUCCCCGUCCUCUCCUCCUCCGCCACCUCCCCGGAGCUGUCCCCGGCGCAGACGCCCUUCUUCGUGCGCACCGCGGCCAACGACUCCUUCCAGGUCUCGCCCGUGGCCGCCGUCCUCGCGACGUUCAGGUGGCACGCGGCGGUGAUCGUGUACGAGGACUCGCCCUACGGGUCCGGGAUCCUCCCGGCGCUCGCCGACGCGCUCCAGGGCGUCGGCGCCAGGAUCAUGGAGCGCACCGCCGUGCCGGCCGACGCGGACGACGACCGCAUCGACGCGGUGCUCAACCGAUUCAUGGCGAUGCCGACGCGCGUGUUCAUCGUGCACAUGAACCGUUUCGUCGCCCCGCGGUUCUUCCGCCGGGCGAGGAACGCCGGCAUGAUGUCGGAGGACUACGCCUGGAUCGUCACGGACGGCGUCGGCAGCGUCGUGGACGCGUUGAGCCCUGACGAGAUCAACGCCAUGGAGGGGGUCAUCAGCCUCCGCCCGUACGUGCAGAUGACGGACGAGGUCAGGAACUUCUCGGCGCGGUUCAGGGCGAGGCUCCGGCGGGUGAGCCCGAGCGCCGACGUCUACGCCCAUGACCCGACCGUUUUGAUGCUCUGGUCGUACGACACGGCAUGGGCGAUCGCGACAGCGGCCGAGGCCGCCGGUGUCUCCAGCCCGGCGUUCCAGACGCCGCAGCAGAGCUCGGCGCUCACGGACCUGGGCCGCCUCGGCGUGUCGGCCACCGGAGCAGCACUUCUCAAGGCGGUGCACGAGACGACCUUCCACGGGCUCGCCGGCAACUUCACCCUCGUCGACGGGCAGCUGCAGCCGCCGGCCUACGAGGUCGUCAACAUCAUCGGGAAAGGCGCCAGGCAGGUGGGGUUCUGGACGCCGGAGGCCGGGAUCUCGCAGGCUCUGGACGCCAACGCCGCCAAAGGUCUGAAGCCUAGUAUCAUUUGGCCUGGCGAUGUGACGUCGCCACCCAAAGGCUGGGUCGUGUCGGCGAACGGCCAGAAGCUUCGCGUCGCCGUGCCGGUGAAGGGAGGGUUCAAGCAGUUCGUCAACGUCGCCAAAGACGCGACCACCGGAGUGCACAACAUCACAGGCUACUGCAUCGAGGUGUUCGACGCUGUCAUGAGGAAAAUGCCAUAUCCGGUGAGCUACGAGUACGUGCCGAUCCCCAACAGCUCGGUUUCCUACGACAAAUUCGUGUCCCUGCUUCCAGAACAGAAAGCCGACAUCAUCGUCGGCGACGUGACGAUCACGGCGAGCAGGAUGGCCAAUGUGGACUUCAGCAUGCCGUUCACCGACUCGGGGUGGUCGAUGGUGGUGGCGGUGCGCACGGAGACGAGCACGAGCAUGUGGAUCUUCCUGCAGCCGCUCACCACCAGCCUCUGGCUCGCCAGCCUCGCCUUCUUCUGCUUCACCGGCUUCGUCGUGUGGGCGAUCGAGCACCGGAUCAACCCCGAGUUCCGCGGAACGCCGUGGCAGCAGUUCGGCCUCAUCUUCUACUUCGCCUUCUCCACGCUCGUCUUCUCGCACAAGGAGAAGCUCGAGAGCAACCUGUCGAGGUUCGUCGUGAUCAUCUGGGUGUUCGUCGUCCUCAUCCUGACGUCGAGCUAUACGGCGAGCCUGACGUCGAUGCUGACCGUCCAGAAGCUCCAGCCGACGGUGACCGACGUCAGAGAGCUCCAGCGGAGCGGUGCCUACAUCGGGUACCAGGAUGGCUCCUUCAUUAAGGAUUCGCUCCGUAAAAUCGGCUUCGACGAGGCCAGGAUGAGAAACUUCAGCACGGCGGAGGGGUACGCCGAGGCGCUGUCCAAGGGACCGGCCAACGGCGGCGUCGCCGCCGUGUUCGACGAGAUUCCAUACCUGAAGCUCUUCCUGUCGCAGUACUGCGACGGGUACGCCAUGGUCGGCCCGGUCUACAAGACCGACGGCUUCGGGUUCGUGUUCCCACUGGGCAGCCCGCUGACGCCGGACGUGUCGCGCGCGGUGCUGACGCUGGCGGAAGGGGAGGAGAUGGCGCAGAUCGAGAAGAAGUGGUUCGGCGAGCCCGGCGCGUGCCCGAGCCAGGGCGGCAGCGCCGCCGUCGGCUCCUCCAACCUCAGCUUCCGGAGCUUCGGCGGGCUGUUCCUCAUCACCGGCGUGGUGUCCGGCCUCAUGCUCCUUAUCUACCUCGCCACCUUCGUCUACCGCGAGCGCGGCGAGGUCCGGACGGUGGAGGAGGGCGGAUCCGGGAGCUCGUCGGUGCGGCGGCUGCGCGCGUGGCUGCGGCACUUCGAUCAGAAGGACCUCAAGUGCCCCACGUUCAAGACGUGGAACGAGGAGUCCGUCCGGGAGGGGAGCCAGACGAGGAGAUGGGUCGACGAUACCGUGCGGAACGGCCGCGGCGGCGCCAACAGCGCCGUGCCGGCGGCGAGCGAUGAGGAAGCCAUCGGCAUGAGCCCUUUCAGCAUCUCCGCCGGCUCGGAGAUGAUCAACGCCGGUUCGUCGCCGGCGUCGGAGAUCGGGACAUCGUUCGAGCAGAGGUUGCAGGAUGCGCCGCACUCUGCGGAGAUGACACUCUCUGGAGAUGCCUAGAUCAACGUCCUCAUAACUGUAAAUUACUGUAUGGAUGCAGGGCAAAUGCUCCUUGACAUGACAUGUCUAGUAGAAAACUCUGACAAAGUCGGUCAGUUCAUCCGUAAAUAGUUGCAAGAAAGGGUACGUAGCCUCAGUUGCAGUGA